UCAGCGUUGUAGUCACACUGGCAUCACCGCUAAUACACUUUGUUCCAACUUUCAUUGUGACACAGAAACACGACCCUCCCACAAGCAGCAUCCCUUGCUUACAUUACAAGAAAAUGAAGGAACAUGAGGAAAAGGAGCUGAACGGGGAGGCGAAACCUACUGCAGAGGACUCUCCAGUCCAGCCCACUGUGGAGGCUAAUGGUGAAGAUGGAGCAGCAAAGUGUGCUGCUGCAGCAGAGGAGGAGCAUGAAGAUGUCACUCCCUCCAUUCUGACUGAUGGCGGUCCAGAUGGAGAGGGUAGCGCGGACAACAGCCCGCCAGUUAAAGAGCCCCGUCCUUGUGAAUUUGCCCAAGGAGCCUUGGGACAAGUCAAGGCCAAGGUGGAGGUGUGCAAGGAUGAGUCAGUUGACCUGGAAGAGUUUCGCCUGUACCUGGAAAAGUGCUUUGACUUUGAACAAGUGACCGUCAAGAAGUUCCGUACCUGGGCUGAGCGAAGGCAGUUCAACAGAGACAUGAAGAGGAAGCAGGCGGAGUCGGAGAGACCGAUUCUGCCAGCCAACCAGAAACUCAUCACACUGUCCGUACAAGAUGCACCCACUAAGAAAGAAUUUGUCAUCAACCCCAAUGGAAAAUCUGAAGUUUGUAUCUUGCACGAAUAUAUGCAACGUGUCCUUAAGGUUCGACCUGUUUACAACUUUUUUGAAUGUGAGAACCCAAGUGAACCCUUUGGAGCGUCGGUCAUCAUAGAUGGGGUGACUUACGGCACAGGGACUGCAAGCAGUAAAAAACUUGCCAAGAAUAAAGCUGCUCGAGCCACACUGGAAAUCCUUAUCCCUGACUUUGUGAAGCAGACCUCAGAGGAGAAGCCAAUGGAGGGCGAUGAACUGGAGUAUUUUAAUCAUAUCAGUAUAGAAGACUCAAGGGUUUAUGAGCUGACCAACAAAGCAGGACUACUUUCGCCAUAUCAGAUUCUUCAUGAGUGCCUUAAAAGAAACCAUGGAAUGGGAGACACGAGCAUUAAAUUUGAGGUGAUCCCAGGGAAAAACCAGAAGAGUGAAUAUGUGAUGACAUGUGGGAAACACACUGUGCGUGGCUGGUGCAAGAACAAGAGGGUUGGCAAGCAACUAGCGUCUCAGAAGAUCUUGCAGAUGCUCCAUCCCCACGUGAAGAACUGGGGCUCACUGCUGCGCAUGUACGGCCGAGAGAGCAAUAAGAUGGUCAAGAAGGAGAACUCCGACAAGAGCGUGAUUGAGCUGCAGCAGUACGCCAAAAAGAACAAGCCAAACCUGCACAUCUUGAACAAACUGCAAGAAGAAAUGAGGAAACUGGCCAAACACAGGGAGGAAACCAGGAAGAAGCCUAAGAUGACCAUCAUGGAGUCUGCGCAGCCAGGGAGCGAACCUCUCUGCACUGUGGACGUCUGAAGUCACUGAACCACGACACUGAAGCCCCGUCACUGUCAGACUUGUAUUACACACCAACCAUCACUCAAUUAUGCAUCACUGAGAUCUAAUGGCAAUAUAGCUCCACACAGACCAGGCUGAUGAACCGCUUGCUUCCUGCCUUGACUCACUCACUCACUCACUCACAUGGAUCAGCUGGUAGAUACAAGAGUAGGACUCAAUGCACUAACAGACCGUAGAGCAAAUACCAUCUACCUCUUUAGAUGCACCGUUAACUAUAGCACUAGGCAAAGAACUCAGCCCGGGUGCAGAGAAGUUAACAUGACUUGACAUACAUGAACCACAUCGAAAUCAAACUGCAUGCUUCUUUGGACUGCAAAAACAAAAACACACUGCUCUGUAGGUUGUUUUUUUUUGUUUUUUUUGAAGUGUCAGUGUUUUAACAGUCAGUACGGGCAUCCGUUGAUGUUCACGCUUCAAAUAUUUGAAAGGGACUACUAAUACUUGUGUAUUUAUACCGUUCAUUUAAUUGGGAGACAACGUUACGUGUUUAUACAGUCUUUUAAAUGGUAGCUGUGGAUAUUUUGGGUGAAAUUGAAUACAAAAUAUGCUGUUUUGAAACAGUUGCUGUCUUGGUUUGCACGAAUUUUAAGGAAAAAAAAACAAAACUGUCGUGAAAGUGAUCACUUCUCAGCGCUUUUGUCAUGCACUCGUGUCCUGUCGGAUAUUUUUGUUGACUGAUGACGCUGUUAGUACAGACAUAACUGAUGUUGGAUUGUUUGGGGAUGAUGACUGCUUGUAUCUGUUGCCUUUUCUUCUUACUUUGUUUCACUUUGGCAACAACAAACUGACGUCCUGCCCCUCAUGCUGACGCUGCAGAGCACAGAGCCACAGAGUAUUGUAACCGUAGAAGAUAGAUUUAUCUUUGAUGCGCUUAGGUCAGCCUUCCAGUCUCGCACUAAAACCACGCAAACAGUUUCACCUCUUAAAAAGAAAAAUACUUGGCUACACGUCGUCGCCUUAGUUAAUCCAUUUCAUGAAGGGCUCAGAGUUUAUACAUCGGACCUAAAACGCCCUUCAACAGGGAGGGCAAAGACCAAGCCCCCUUUUUUUUCUUUGAAGCAUUUAUUGUUUAGCCAGUAAGAUGGAACAAUUGGGGGGGACGUGCAGAUUUCUACGACUCAUCUAAUUGGACUGUGUGCGUUGUCUGUGUACGUUUUAUUUCACAAGCCUUGCAAGAUGUAAUUGGCACACUGACGUGAUAGAAAUGUGAUGAAGUCGUCGAGUCCAACACAAGCUGGUGAAACUCUGUAUACCAAAGCUUACAUGCAGUCUUAUGCAUUUUAUAGACUACACUUAACCUCGCUGCACAACUGUACAGUAGAAACAUUUCUAAUACAGGACGAUGACGACGAUGCAUAAAUGCUGGCACAAAAUGGAAACUGCUGUGCGUUGUGGCAAAUGUUCGCUUUUGAUUUUCUACACAACAUACUAGGACACAUGAGUUUAAGACGAGGCUGUCGCGAUGUAUUGUAGCUUGCUUUAAGAAUGUGCUUUCCCCGCCGCGUGUGUAGUCUCGCUAAGUACUUGUAUGUCGGUGUGAGAAGACGGAGAGAAAAAUACUGCUUUUAUGUGUUGCUGUUGAGUCGUACCAAUGAAUUGUUUUGAGAUGUUGCCUAGAAAAUGAAGUAUGUAUUGCAACCUGAGCUCCAUGACUUCAGUGAUAUUUGUUAUGCAAAAAUAAAAUAUCUUGACUAAUGA